GUAAAUGUAAUAUCGUAGUAUAACUACAAUGAUAAAGCAAGAAAGAUAUAUCCUAUCUCGCUCUAACACAAGGAAAGAGUAAUUGAAUAAGUUUUUAUAUAACAAUGCUAUUUAAUGUAGGUAACUUUGUAAACGAAGAAUGUUGAGACAUGAAAAGGAGAGGAAAUUAUUUUCGUUAUGCGUAUCAUUAUGUUAAUGAAAGAGAUGACGAUAUUUGUGAGAUGUUUUAUUGCAAGUGAUUUUCAAUUUUGCGUCAUAAAUGAUCUGAAUCCGAACUUAUUGUCUGGAUAUUUUUGUAUUUUAAAUUUUGUUUUUCUGCAUAGAAUGUAAUGAAGAUUAAAUUUAGUACGAUACAUUUAAUAAGAUAUAGGUAAUUAUGGAGUUUGAUUGGAAUAACUAUUUAGAAGAAAAAAAAUGUGUUGCUGUACCAGAAGAAUUAUUUACUCAUGUGGAAGAAAGUCUUAACAAUGGAAUCAAGCAAAAGAUGUUACUUGAAGUGUGUCAUAAAAACAAUCCGGAUGUGUACUGGAUAGCAGAAAUCACAAUGGUAUGCGGACACCUCCUGAGGAUAAAGUUUAUUGGAGCUGAAAAUGACUUCUGGUGUGACAUAUCAAACACUAAAGUUCACCCGCUGGGCUGGUGUGGAAAAUAUGAUGAGCUCAUUGAACCUCCGGAUGAAAUCAAUGAGAGAUAUGGAGACACAAUCAUUGAUAUCAUGAAGAAAGCCCUUCUUGUUGGCCAAUCUGCUUCUAUUGAUGCAUUAAACAAUAAAGGCUUGUCUCCGAUAGAUAGAAUCAAAAUUGGAAUGAAGGUGGAAAUUCAAAAUGUUAUAGAUCCAUACAAAUAUUGGAUAGCAACAGUAUGUGAGAAUGUUGGCGGUCGUCUACAGCUGCGAUACGACGGCGCCGACGACGAUCUGCCGCAGUUCUGGUUAUUUUACUCCAAUUCUCGAAUAAGCAGCUUUGGUUCUGUUACACACAAGGGCUCUCCGUGGCAAUUCAAAUAUCCGGGGAAGGUGAACAAGUUUUCGUGUAAGAACAAGCUGAGCACUCAGCUGCGACAGAGCGCUGAGGAGUCUAUCAAAGAGCCCACGCCUGCCGACCUGUUUCAGCCAACGCAAAUACUGGAAGCCCACAGUUUUACAACAGGAAUGAAAUUAGAAGCGCUGAGUCCGCACGACAUGAAAACAUUCCGUCCGGCAACCGUAGCCAAAAUAUUCAACAACCUUCACUUCCUUGUUGUUAUAGACGAUCAUAUGGACGAUUAUGAGGAAACAAAAAUGGCGUGGCUUUGCGAUAACAUGCAUCCCUACAUAUAUCCAAUCGGCUGGGCGCAGCAACAUAACAUGAUCUUUAAACCACACAAAACUUGGAAGGAAGGAAAUUUCGAAUGGGAUGAGUAUUUAGCUACAACAAAUACAGUGCCAGCUCCAGAAUAUUGCUUUAAAAGAAGAGAUCCAAUCAAAGAUGUUGAAGUCAAUAUGAAGUUGGAAGCUGUUAAUCCAUUGAAUCAAGAAGAAAUCCACGUCGCUUCGAUAGAAAGAAUAGAAGAACAUAUGGUGUUUGUUGAACUAUUACCAAUCGGUGAAAAGUUUUGGUUUUCAUUGGACAGCGAUCUCUUAUUUCCUGUCGGAUGGUGUGAUAGCAAUAACUACGAGUUGCAUAUACCAGACACAAGAGAUAAGGCGGUUAUAGAGCCUACGAAAGUUGUGGAAGAAACUCGAGGUGUUCGGGACGAAGUGAGUUCCACUGAGGGAUGGUGUGACCGAAUAUAUUUCAACUACAAAUGUUAUGCGGGACCUUCACUGAGCAGAAACAAGCUUUCUCAAUUACCGAAACACGUGGGACCGGGCUUGUUGACUUUGGUGUUGAAGGAGGUGUUGAACAAAAUAAUAUCAGCAUCCUAUAAGCCUGCAAAGUUGCUGAAGGAUUGGGAGACUGAAGGUCCACCUGAAGAGGGAAUGCGGCUUGAGAUGCUGAGAGCAAAAUUGAAAACCAGCACAUACCACGCGUACGUGCCAAUAGUUACAUCCUCAAGCCAACUGAGUGCUUUCUGUCGCGACGUGUGCGUCAAGUUGCAGGCUUGCCCGAGCCUGUUCGGUCCGACUGAGUAUCCGGAGCAGUGUCCUCACAACUGUCAGCAAGUCGAGAAGUCUACAUUCCAUAAUGGAACUGAACGUCGAGGACGGCCAAAAGGCAGCUUAAACGGACGUCGAAAGAAGAAGAAAAUACCUGAAAAGCGUGAAAAAGGGCGUCAGCCUCAAGAAAAUGACAAUAACGGUGAAUUAAUUGAAAGCGAACACAGUGCUGGUUCGACACCACCUUCUGAAUCUGGGACCAGGCCCAACUCUCCUGACAGCGCUGAUUUUAAGCCAAGUAGAAGAAGGGAAGCUAAGUCAAACUAUCCGAAAAUGGAGAUGAAAACACGCGGUGCUAAACUACCAAACUUUGCUCUUCAAAUGAAAGAAGCACAUUGGAACAAGAAAGAUGUUGAAACUAUUUACAAUAACACAUGUGCAAAGAAAACCAGCUCAGCUGAUAGUGACACAGAACACGAAACCAACGAAAGCAGCUGUAAUUCUAGAGAUGCAAAGAAUAUAUCAGAUGUUUCCGAUAGUGAAGAGCCAGAACUGAAAAAGCUUAAGUUUAAUAUUGACGACCCGCUGCCGACGGAUAAUAAAAUGUUUGAAAAAGACGCGGCUUUUAAUUGGAUUAAAGGUAAAAUUAAGUUGGAAACUAACCCUUUGGAUUGGUCUGUUGAUGACGUAUAUAACUACCUUAUAAAUACAGAUGAUUGCAAAUUAAUCGCUGAUAAAAUGAAACAGGAAGAAAUCGAUGGGCAAGCAUUUAUAAUGUUAGACUUACCGAUCAUAAGAGACAUAAUGCACAUGAAAAAGGAGUUUGCGUUACAGCUAUGUAAGCAUAUAUCUAUGGUUCGGUGGUAUUAUGUUAUCAAUUUUGAAGAUAAUGAUGAAUCUUGUUGAGAUAUUGUAUGUGUUCAAUUAUCUAGUCCUAAUAAAAGUAUUGUUAAAAA